AUGGCGAACUCAGAGAUAGGAACGAGCACCAGCAAUACAUUAAGAGAUGAAUACCAGGUCUUUCUAAGUUUUAGAGGACCCGAUACACGUCGUGGAUUUACCAAUGUCCUCCACCAAGACUUGGUAUAUGCCGGGAUUCGUGUUUUUAUCGAUAACGAAGAGCUUCGAAAGGGUGAAAGAAUUAGUGGCAACCUUCUACAAGCGAUUGAUCAUUCCAAGCUCUACAUACCCAUCUUCUCCAAAAACUAUGCUUCAAGUCAUUGGUGCCUCCGCGAGCUUGCAAAGAUGGUGGAGAACAACUCUAAAUCUAAAGAAGAUGGGAAAGAGAAUGCCAUAUUGCCCAUCUUCUACGACGUGAAACCCGAUGACGUGAAGCUGAAAACUCCAUUGUAUAGAAAGGCCAUAUCAAAUUUGAAGCAAACGAGGGAAGAUCAUGAGAAGAAGUUCAGCUCCAAGGAUAUAAAGACGUGGCAGCAGGCUCUCAAAGAAGCUGGUGGCAUCACGGGAUGGGAGUUGGAAAAAUAUCCAGGCUAUGUGAAACUUAUCCAGGAGGUUGUUGAAGAGGUUGUGGUCAGGCUUAAAAUAAGACAGAGAAGUAGUGGCUCUAACAUUGCUAACAUUGAUGAUGGGAUUAAUAAGAUUGAAGAAACAAUUUGCAAUAAGAAGAUGCUAAUUGUAUUGGAUGAUGUUGAUGAGGCCAACCAAAUCCAAAAACUAAUCAGAAAGAAAUCUUUGUAUCCUGGCACUAGAAUACUUGUUACUACUAGAGACAAGAGCAUUCUAAAUAUUAGGGAAUUUAAGUAUCAAUUCGAGGAUUAUGAAAUGGUGCGGUCGAGCAAGGAUGAUGCCCUUAAACUUUUUAGUAGACGUGCCUUCAAUGAUGAUUCUCCUCCAGCUGAUUACCACACUCUUUCAAAGGGCAUCGUCUCUACUGCAGAUGGACUACCUUUAGCUCUUGAAGCAAUAGGUUCAUCGCUUUUUGGCGAGGAAGAAAGAGAAAUAUGGGAAGAGUGGCUAGAGAAGCUAAAGAAGACACCUCAUGAGGAUGUUUUGGGAAAACUAAAGAUAAGCUAUGAUGCCUUAAAUCCAUAUCAACAACAAAUAUUCCUCGAUGUUGCAUGCUUUUUCAUUGGUGAGAAUAAGACUAAUCCAAUGUACGUGUGGAAAGAUUGUGAGCUUUCCCCAGAGAUUUCCCUCAAGGUCCUUAUUAAGAGGUGCAUGAUAAAGGUUUUAGAUAAUGAUAUAUUUGAGAUGCAUGAUCAGUUUAGAGAUCUUGGAAGGGUAAUUGCCAAAAAAGAACGUACCAGAUUGUGGGAUAAAGAUGACAUCAUUUGUGAAUUAAGAUCAACAGAGAUCAAGGAAAGCGUUCAAGCACUCCAUUUGCAAACGACCAACAACAAUCGUACGACCAUCACAGCGGAGCAACUUAGACGGUUCCCACAUCUCAAGUUUCUUUGGUUGAGUAACGUAGUCUGUGAAGGUGAGUUCACGGGCUGUCUUUCCAAGUUGAAAUGGAUCAUUUUGAUGGGCAACACACCAACUAAUUUGGGUCUAGAGAACGUGGUUGUGAUGAAUUUUCGUUUUUCUAACCCCAACAAAGAUGAGAUCCGUUACCUAAUUAAGGGCGCAAUGAAAUUAAAGGUUCUCACUCUUGAAAAUAAUGGCUUCAUAUGUGGGACACCAACCUUUCUUGAAUGCUCAGUUUUAGAGAAGUUGACUAUUUGUCAUUAUCCAUCUUUGAAGAAAAUUGACCACUCUAUUGGGAAACUGAGGCUGCUAACUGAUUUGAAUAUUGAGUCAUGUGUGGAACUUGAAAAUUUGCCCGAACAAAUUGGAGAGCUACAAAAUCUUCGGCACCUCUCUCUUAAUAGAUGUCAUAGCUUGAGCGAACUCCCCGACUCAAUUUCGAAAUUAGAGUCAUUGAUGAAGCUGGAUAUAUCAUGCACGAAUAUUACAAGAUUACCAGAUUCCAUUGGUAGACUACGGAGCCUAUCAUAUGCCAAUGUAUCAUGGACACCAAUUGCACAAAUGCCCGGUACAAUGAGCAAAUUGCUACGCCUCCAAACACUAAAAUUGGAACAUCGUCAUAGGAUAAAAGAGUGGCCGGAGCUCCCAAGAAGUUUGACAACUCUACGGCUGAUAUCUGCUUCGUUGCUAACUGUCCCUAAUCUCUCAAAUCUUACUAAUCUAGUUGAAUUGUUCCUAUCCAAUGACUUUGACGAUAGGCUGUGCAUAUCAAGUGUAAUUCCAAUUGGUGAAUUGAGGUGGAUUGGGAGGUUAUCCAAACUAAGCAAGCUGCACUUUUGCUUAUUAAAUGUCCACGCACCAACUACAGAGUUGGGUUCCCUUUCUCUGCUGAAAGAACUUACUCUAUUUGGACUAUACUUCCGAACCCUCAAACAACUACCGUCAAACUUGAUAGUUUUAAAACUUUACCACACUCAACUGAAAUAUGUACAUCUCGGCGGGCUUCCUAUGUUGGAAAAAUUGAGAGAAAACGAGGUGUACGAGCAACCUGAUGUUCCGUCUCUCGAGGUCUUAUGUGCCCAGAGCAGGUGUUUUCUGCCUAAGGACCCGGGGUACAAUGAGGUACGAACUCCCGAGUUGUUUGAUCAUUCGUGGGGAAAGUUCCCUUUCCUAAACUCCCUGAAGAUGCUUCGAGAAUUCCAUAUGGAGAGGUGCCAGACGGUAGAAGUUAUCGAUUUUGUUUCUCUGUUGGAAUCAUUGGAAAAAUUUACUGUUAGAGGCUGCUGUUCAUUACGAAGGAUAAAAGGUUUGUCAAACUUGAAGAAAUUGAGGAGGUUACAUAUUGAAUCCUGCUGGAGGCUGCGGCGUAUGGAGGGCAUUCACGAAUUAGAGUUUUUACAGCAGUUCAGAAGUCGUGGGAGUGUAUUCUUUGUAGAGAUUUUUGAUGCAUCGAGCUCAAAAAUACCAAAUGAGUGCCAGAUGGACAUAACAUUUAACUGCAACUUCAGCGGGAAUUGGGAGUCUUUUAGAGAGAUGAUUCGGAUCGAUAAAAAGCAAAUGCGGGACUUCGGAAUCUAUGCAACAGUGGACUCUGAAACAUUAAAAGGGAUCCUUGGUUCCAUCGUGAGCUUCAAGUCUUUCUUCUUCAGCACAGCUCGGCUGGAGGAGUUUGGGUGCUACGUGAGGCUCCGACGGUUGCAUUCAUUAACUCCAUCAGUGGCGGGAGGCAUGGGCCUGGAUCACCAUCUAAUUGCUGAAGAACAGAUUGUCCUUCGCCACUAUUUCUGGUGUGAGAAUAGAAGAGCUCUGGAUAUGUGUCAGUGUGCUGUUGCAUACGCAGUCAUGGCAAAUACCUGGAUUUUGUAA